AUGCAAGGUUAUGUCGACAUUUAUGUAAUUGCAGAACAUGAAAUUGGUCAUACUCUUAGUUUGGGCCAUCAUAAGGAUAUCCUGUCUGUAAUGUCCCCCUACUACAGAACUCCAGCCGACAGAUUCACAAUGCAGUACGAAAAUAUAGACUUUAGAGAAGAAGGUCGCCAGAAAAUCCAAGCACUUCACGAUGAGGCUUCCUAUGAAAUAGCUGCCGUCUACUGCUUCAUGGAUAGUGAUCAAUUUAUGUGA